AUGUCUUCGGAUUCCAGCAAUUUAUACGGUUAUGUGCCGUCCGGGAUAGUAGCUAUCGUAUUUGGAGCCAUCUUCCUCGUCCUGACUGUGCUGCACCUGUGGAGAAUUGUGAGAACAAGACACUGGUUUGGAAUCGCUACUCUGGUCGGCGGAAUCUUCGAAGUCAUUGGCCUUGCAGCUCGAGCUUACUCCCACCAUGAUGCCCUCGCCAAGGGCCCAUAUAUCAUCCAGGUCCUUCUAAUUCUUUUGGCCCCGAUCAUCUUCUCUGCCGCCAUAUAUAUGUUCCUCGGCCGUCUGAUCCGAGCUACGGGCCAUGCGGAGCUCUCCUUCAUCCGUAUCAACAUCCUGACCAAAAUCUUUGUCCUGGGCGAUGUCAUCUGCUUCUUCAUCCAAGCCAGUGGUGCUGGCAAGCUUGUCAGCGCAGAUACCAGCUCUGCGAUCAAUUCUGCGGAGACUACAGUCCUCGUGGGUCUCGGUCUGCAGGUUGUCUUUUUCUGUAUCUUCGCUCUCUGCGCGAUCGUCUUCCAUGUCCGUAUAUCCAGGCCUGAAAACAAGAUGAAUGUCGACCCCGCCCUUCGCUUGGACUGGAUGCUAUAUUCGCUGUAUUUCUCCAGCGCCAUGAUCGUGAUCCGAAAUAUCUACCGUCUGGUCGAGUACAAGACUGGGACGUCGGGCUAUUUGCAGGUGCACGAAUGGCCUGCAUACGCGUUCGAUGUAGCUCUCAUGGCUUGUAUGAUGAUGGCCAGUCUCUUCUGGUAUUCUGCUAAAACAAAAGCGGCGCGGAUUUCUGGGUCCUAUCCUUUGGUUUUGCAAGACGUAUGA